AUCCUCAAAUUUGCAGAUUGUAUGACCCUCAAAUCGUCUAUCCUGAACACAACAACUACAGUCAUGUGAUCAACGUCGAUGAAUAUCAAGAAACAGGCAUUUGGCCUGGUUACGAUUAUAUAUGUGAAGACGACUCCGAAAAUUUUAGUGACUCUGAUUAUUCCGAUGAAAGUUAUAUUUCUUCUAUCUCUUCUGAUCAAGCAAGUAUACCCUGUAAAAAUUUUGAAGAGGAACCUAAUGGAUUAGAGCCGUCAGGUAAUGUAGAUGGUCCUGGUCCUUUACCAACUAUACCGUUGAAGAAUAAUACGGCUGCAUUUGUUGGAAAAUUCGAAGAGAGUGGUAAACUGGUAGUUGUUUUUGAGGAGGAAGUAGUGGAAGUUGAUGAACCUGAAGUUGUUGUGGAAGUGGGACUUGAAGAUGUAGUAGUCGUCGUGGAGGAUGAU